GCAGUGUUAUUACUUUUGUUAGAACAUUAUAAUAAACACCAUCAUGAGCGCUGAUAAGACAUUAGCUGAAAUGGAGAAGGCUGGCAAGUCUGCCGGUUUGCAAAUUUGGAGAAUCGAGAAAAUGCAGCUUGUACCGGUUGCGAAAGCGGCCUUCGGGACGUUUUUCAGCGGGGAUUCGUACCUUUUGCUGAAAACAAUCAAUUUGAAAGGCAGUUCCUUCAGGUGGGAUCUGCAUUUCUGGCUUGGUAAAGAAUCUUCACAAGAUGAGAAAGGCGCGGCUGCCAUCUUUGCUUCUCAAAUGGACGACAAGCUUAACGGGUACCCAGUCCAGUUCCGUGAAUUGCAGGAUCACGAAUCCCCCACUUUCCUUGGAUACUUCGGAGGUGUGGUCACAUACAAAAAAGGCGGCGUUGCAUCCGGGUUCAAUCACGCCAGAACAAAUAUCAGUGACGUCAAGAGGCUGCUGCAUUUAAAGGGCAAACGUAUGGUUCGAAUGAACGAAGUAGAAAUGACAUGGAAGUCCUUUAACCAGGGUGAUAUCUUCAUAGUGGAGGUCGAAAAUGAUUUGUUCCAGUGGAACGGCAGCGUCAGCAAUCGAUACGAGCGCCUGAAGGGAUGUGAAAUUGUCAACAAUAUUAAAAACAAUGAAAAAGCUGGAAAGGGAAAAAUAACCGUGCUCAGCGAAGGGGAUAGUUACCCGCAGAAAAUGCUUAAGGCUUUGGCGGGAUCCCCAAAAGACAUCAGGCCAGAAAUUGCCGACGACGACACCGCACAGAAGCCUGCGCAACGCAAAGCAGCGACACUUUACCACGUUUCUUCGGACUCUGGUACCUUACAAGUAAAACAAAUUGGAACCGCUCCCUUUGACCAAGACUCUCUGCUCAGCGGGGAUUGCUUUAUUCUCGACAAUGGCUCUAAAAAUUCGAUUUUCGUAUGGAAAGGAAAAGCGGCGAGCAAGGACGAGAGAGAUGGAGCGCUAAAGAAUGCUGAAGACUUCAUUAAAACUAAAAAAUACAAGCCGUUUACCCGAGUUCAGGUUAUGGGCGAAGGGUCCGAGUCAGCUCUGUUCACUCAAUUCUUCAAAGACUGGAAACGCAGAGACCACGUUGAAGGUUUUGGGAAGACUUAUUCCAUCAAUAAAGUAGCAAAAGUUGACCAGACCAAGUUUGACGUGAAGGAGUUGUACAAAACCCCUAAGCUUGCCGCACAACAUGGAAUGGUGGACAACGGAUCUGGGAAGGUUCAAGUUUGGAGAAUCGAAGGCGCUGACAAGGCAGAAGUGAAAAAGGAAGAUUAUGGAAGGUUUUACGCCGGUGAUUGCUACAUCGUAUUAUACACUUAUUCGCCAAGGGGCAGAGAGCAAUAUAUCAUUUACUUCUGGCAAGGAUCGCAGGCUUCCCAGGACGAGAUCGGCGCUUCUGCAAUUCUUGCCACUCAACUCGACGACCAAUAUGGCGGUAAACCAGUGCAAGUCAGAGUGGUAGAGGGAAAAGAGCCGGCACAUAUGCUUGCAAUCUUCAAGGACCCGGUCAUUAUAACAAGGGGCGGAUAUGACAAAACAGCGAAAAAAGAGACCGGGAUUUCAGAAACCGCACUUUUCCAAGUCCGUUCUACUUCAUCUGGAGGGACUAAAGCCAUAGAGGUUGCGAAAUCAGCAAGCUCCCUGAACUCCAACGAUGCUUUUGUCGUGAAGAGUCCAAAAGAAUGUUUUAUUUGGAAAGGACUCGGGGCAAGCGAUGGAGAAAUCGACGCUGCUCGAUUCACAGCAGGUGCUGUUAGCAAUCACAAGGCUGUUGAAGUAAAGGAAGGUUCCGAAAGCGCAGGUUUUUGGAGCGUUCUUGGAGGGAAAAAGAAAUACGCGUCAUCUCCCAGAAUGUUAGACGACCUUGAAUCAAACCCUCCACGAUUAUUUGCCAUUUCCAACGCUAAAGGACGAGUGAUGAUAGAAGAGGUUCCAGGUGACUUCGCACAAAGCGAUUUGGAACCGGAUGACGUCAUGAUGUUGGACACUUUUAACCAAGUGUUCAUUUGGAUCGGCGAAGGCGCCAACGCAGAAGAAAGGGCUUCUGCGCCAGGGCUAGUAAAGGAAUACAUUGAGAGUGACCCAAGAGGACGAGAUAGCAAUUGCCCGAUUCACAAAAUCAAGAUGGGAUUGGAGCCUGUUAACUUUAUCGGUUUCUUUCCUUCUUGGGAUCAUGACUUCUUCUCACGCAGACAGAGCUAUGCGGCAAGGAUGCAGCAACUUACUGUUUCCUAAGUGCAGGAAAUAUAAAAGAACUGCCAUGGCCCGCGUCUGCAAAUUAUAAACUCGUAUAUACUCCAUGUACCAAGACACUCAUAUCCCCCAAUCAAACGCUAGCCCAGUAAAAUGCAUGCUUGAUCAACACCAAUUAUAAUACUGCACUUCCACGCAGGGAAUAGUAUUCGGUAUAUUUUGAACAUCGUGUAAUACCUUAAUUUAAUGCAGUUCAUGAAGGGCAGUGAUCACUGUAAAUUAUAUAUUCCUACAGUUCCGCUUUUUAGCGUUUGUACUGUAAUUUUAUAAUACACAGAUAAACAAAAC